UCGCCCGCGACGCCAAAAACUAGCAAACUGCACGACUCGCGCGUGCUCUGCUCGCUUCUCUGUUCCGUUCGCUCCACGGUUCUCUGCUCCCCCCUCCGUCGCGUCGCGUGCAGGAGGAUGGCCAUUGGCGGAGCAGCGCCGCCGCACCCGCCCCGUGGCGGCGGCGGCGGCUCGCCGGAGGACAGCAGCACCGCGCGGCGGCCGGACUUCGAGCAGCCCCUCCUCCAGGCCCACGCCGCCGUGCCGGCCCGCGGGAAGCAGGAGCCGGUGGAGCGGGACCACGAGGCGCAGUGCUCGCCGGAGGCCGACGGCGACGGCGCCACCUUCGUGCGCACCUGCUUCAAUGGCCUCAACGCGCUGUCAGGCGUUGGGCUGCUGUCGAUUCCGUACGCCUUGUCGGAGGGAGGGUGGCUGAGCCUGGUGCUCCUGCUCGCCGUCGCCAUGGUCUGCUGCUACACCGGCCUCCUCCUGCGGCGGUGCAUGGCCGCGUCGCCGGCCGUUCGGGGUUACCCGGACAUCGGCGCGCUGGCGUUCGGGGCCAAGGGCCGGCUCGCCGUGUCGGCGUUCCUCUACGCCGAGCUCUACCUCGUCGCCAUCGGGUUCCUGAUACUGGAGGGGGACAACCUGGACAAGCUGUUCCCGGGCACCAGCCUCGCCGUCGGCGGGCUCGUGGUGUCCGGGAAGCAGCUGUUCGUCGUGGUCGUCGCCGUCGUCAUCCUGCCGACGACGUGGCUGAGGAGCCUCGCCGUGCUCGCCUACGUGUCGGCCAGCGGCGUGCUCGCGUCCGUCGUCGUGGUGUUCUGCGUGCUGUGGGCGGCGGUGUUCGACGGCGUCGGGUUCCACGGGAAGGGGAGGAUGCUGAAUGUCAGUGGCCUGCCUACUGCUCUUGGCCUGUACACCUUCUGCUACUGCGGUCAUGCCAUAUUCCCCACGCUCUGCAACUCCAUGCAGGAAAAGGACAAGUUCUCCAGGGUACUGGUCAUAUGCUUCGUGGCGUGCACUGUCAACUACGGAUCCAUGGCCAUACUCGGCUACCUCAUGUACGGCGACGACGUCAAAUCUCAGGUGACACUGAACCUCCCGGAGGGAAAGAUCAGCUCGAAGCUGGCGAUCUACACGACGCUGAUCAACCCGUUCUCCAAGUACGCCCUGAUGGUGACCCCGGUCGCGACGGCGAUCGAGGAGAAGCUGCUCGCCGGCAACAAGAGGUCCGUCAACGUGCUGAUCAGGACCCUCAUCGUCGUCAGCACGGUGGUGAUCGCCCUCACGGUGCCCUUCUUCGGCCACCUCAUGGCGCUCGUCGGCUCGCUGCUCAGCGUCAUGGCCUCCAUGCUGCUCCCCUGCAUCUGCUACCUCAAGAUCUUCGGCCUGACGCGAUGCGGCAGGGGCGAGACCCUGCUGAUCGCCGCGAUCAUCGUGCUCGGUUCGUUGGUUGCCGCGACGGGUACGUACUCUUCUCUGAAGAAGAUUUUCUAUGAGUUUUGAAGUCAAGAGAUGCACAUUAGGCAUGGAAACACCGAUGUCCGAAUUUGUGUACGUUUUUGUAGCAACGCAAUUCCGUAAUGUACCUCAAUGUCAGCAGUCAGCAGAGUAAUCUGAUUAAAUCCUGAGAUUCUGUAGUGGAGGCAAGGUAGUACAGAUAACGAGGAUUAGAGUGCUUUAAUUCGGGAUCGUAAGUAUGUUUGAGCUAUGGGAGCUAUUGGCCUUGUAUCUGUAUCUCUGUUGUCAGAAAUAGUACAGUUAGUCAAAAUGCCAAAUGAUAUUUGUAGGAUAUCAGCACUCCAUCUGAAUCUGUUGUAUCUUGUAAGAACUUGAAUGUAUUGAAGCAUUUUAUUGCAGCUGUGUUAAUUUUGUUGCUCA